UGUUCUAAAAAAUAGGUUCGAACCUAAAAUACUAACUCGCGCUCUCUUCAACUUCUAUUUUAAUUUUUUUGGGUAAAUUUAUGCUUCCUUCUCCGGCAAUUGCCUGACCGGCGAUAUGUGAAUUCAGGUGCUUCUAAUCACUAAAUUAUAAAGAGUUUGACGAGGAAGUUUUACUGUUUAAACGUAAAUUAAAUAAGAAGAAGACUGACAGCCACCGGAUAUGGCGGAGGCGAUAGCAGGAGAAGAUUUAGCGAGAACGAGAUCGUCCGGAAGCCGGAGGAGUAGUUUUACUUCGCCCAGCAGGCGGAGCUGGACAGAUGGACAUGACGUGUUUAGGCGGAGUGAAAGAAGAGAAGACGACGAGGAGGAGCUCCGGUGGGCGGCGAUAGAGCGGUUACCGACGUAUGAGAGAUUAAGAAAAGGAAUGCUGAGACAAGUAGUUGACAAUGGAGGUGUUAUUCAGAUCAGUGAAUUUGAUGUUAGGAAACUUGGAAUGCAAGAUAAGAAACAGUUGAUGGAAAGUAUUUUAAGAGAUGCUGAGGAUGAUAAUGAAAAGUUUCUUUUGAGACUUCGAGAAAGAACUGAUAGGGUGGGAAUUGAGAUUCCGAAGAUCGAAGUCAGGUAUGAGCAUUUAUCAGUGGAAGGAGAUGUUCGUGUGGGAAGCAGAGCUCUUCCUACUUUGCUUAAUGUUACUCUAAACUCAAUAGAGAGUGUUCUUGGGUGGAUCGGGCUUGCUCCAUCAAAGAAAAGAAAAAUCAGAAUUCUUCAAGAUGUCAGUGGAAUAGUCAAACCGUCCAGGAUGACCCUGCUGCUUGGUCCUCCUGGUGCAGGGAAAACAACAUUGUUGUUGGCACUUGCUGAUAAACUUGAUAAGGAUCUAAGGAAAUCAGGAAGAAUCACGUACUGUGGUCAUGAACUGCACGAGUUUAUUCCUCAGAGAACUUGUGCUUAUAUUAGUCAGCAUGAUGUUCACCAUGGAGAGAUGACAGUAAGAGAGACAUUUGAUUUCUCUGGACGCAAUUUAGGUGUCGGCACAAGAUAUGAUAUGCUGGUAGAACUUUCAAGACGAGAGAAAGCUGCAGGAAUUAAGCCAGACCCUGAGAUUGAUGCAUUCAUGAAAGCCACAGCAAUGUCAGGCCAAAAAACUAGUUUAGUAACAGAUUAUAUUAUCAAGUUACUUGGGUUGGAUAUUUGCGCGGAUACUCUAGUUGGGGAUCAGAUGAGAAGAGGCAUUUCAGGAGGACAAAAAAAGCGUGUGACCACUGGUGAGAUGCUAGUGGGACCAGCUAAAGUACUUUUGAUGGAUGAAAUAUCAACGGGGCUGGACAGUUCCACUACUUUUCAGAUUUGUAGAUUCAUGAGGCAAAUGGUUCAUAUUAUGGAUGUAACCAUGAUCAUAUCUCUCUUGCAGCCAGCACCAGAGACAUUUGAACUUUUUGAUGAUAUUAUUUUACUUUCAGAUGGUCAGAUUGUCUAUCAAGGUCCAUGUGGAAAUAUCCUAGAAUUCUUCGAAUAUAUGGGCUUUAAAUGCCCUGAAAGGAAAGGAGUUGCUGAUUUUCUGCAAGAAGUAACUUCCCAGAAGGACCAAGAACAAUAUUGGCACAACAAGGAUCAACCUUAUACAUUUGUAUCAGUUCCAGAUUUGGUGGAAGGUUUCAGUUCUUUCCACAUUGGCCAACAACUUGAAUCAGAUCUUAGCGUUGCAUACGAUAAAGAAAGAGCUCACCCUGCUGCAGUAGUGAUGGAUAAGUAUGGAAUUUCAAAUUGGGAACUAUUCAAGGCGUGCUUCUCACGGGAAUGGCUGCUGUUGAAGCGAAAUUCCUUUAUCUAUAUAUUCAAGACGGUCCAGAUAACAAUAAUGUCAAUAAUUGCUUUCACUAUGUUCCUGAGGACCGAAAUGGAAGUGGGGACUGUUGCAGAUGGACAGAGAUUCUUUGGAGCUCUAUUUUUUAGUCUAAUUAAUGUGAUGUUUAAUGGAAUGGCGGAACUUGCAUUGACCAUUUUCAGGCUACCUGUCUUCUUCAAACAGAGGGACUUCUUAUUCUACCCAGCAUGGGCUUUUGCUUUACCAAUAUGGGUUCUUAGGAUUCCAUUGUCACUCUUGGAAUCAGGAAUAUGGAUUUGUCUAACAUACUAUACAAUCGGUUUUGCUCCUUCUGCUACCAGGUUUUUCAGACAGUUCCUAGCAUUUUUUGGUAUACAUCAGAUGGCUCUGUCCCUCUUUCGGUUCAUUGCUGCUGUUGGAAGAACAGAAAUUGUUGCAAGUACACUUGGUAGCUUCACCUUGCUUUUGGUGUUUUUGCUUGGAGGAUUCGUAAUUGCCAGAGAUGAUAUUACACCGUGGAUGGUAUGGGGCUACUAUGUUUCUCCUAUGAUGUAUGGGCAGAAUGCUAUUGUCAUGAACGAAUUCCUAGAUGACAGAUGGAGUGCACCUAAUCCAGACCCCAGGAUUGAUGCACCUACAGUUGGCAAAGUCCUAUUGAAAGCUCGAGGCUUCUUUAUUGAUGACUACUGGUUUUGGAUUUGUAUUGGAGCACUAUUUGGGUUCUCUAUUCUAUUUAACAUCUUAUUUAUGGCAGCAUUAACUUACUUGAAUCCAUUGGGAGAUUCAAAAGCUGUCAUUGCGAAUAAAGAUAAGAAGGACGAUUCGCACUCACGAAAACAUGGAGAAGAAGGUACUGAUAUGGAAAUUAGAAAUUCUUCAGAUGGCUCUGCUGCUGCAAGUUUUUUAACAAAAAGAGGAAUGGUUUUGCCCUUCCAACCCCUUUCACUUGCAUUCAACCAUAUCAACUACUUUGUAGAUAUGCCUUCGGAAAUGAAAAAGGAAGGUGUGCCAGAAAAGCGACUUCAACUGCUGCAAGAUGUUAGUGGGUCUUUCAGACCAGGGGUAUUAACAGCACUGGUGGGUGUAAGUGGUGCUGGAAAGACUACAUUAAUGGAUGUUUUAGCUGGAAGAAAGACCACUGGGUAUAUUGAAGGAACUUUGAGCAUCUCUGGUUACCCAAAGAACCAAGCAACAUUUGCUCGUAUAAGCGGUUAUUGCGAACAGAAUGAUAUCCAUUCACCACAUGUUACUGUCUAUGAGUCUCUCCUGUAUUCUGCCUGGCUCCGCCUAUCUAAAGAUGUAGAUACAGAAACAAGAAAGAUGUUUGUUGAAGAAGUUAUGGAGUUGGUUGAGCUAAAUCCUAUAAGAGAUGCCCUGGUUGGACUUCCAGGAGUAAAUGGUCUAUCAACAGAACAAAGGAAGAGGCUGACCAUAGCCGUAGAAUUGGUUGCUAAUCCUUCAAUAAUCUUCAUGGAUGAACCAACUUCGGGUCUUGAUGCCAGAGCCGCUGCCAUUGUUAUGCGUACUGUUAGAAACACUGUGGAUACAGGUAGAACAGUUGUAUGCACAAUUCACCAGCCAAGCAUAGACAUUUUUGAGUCUUUUGAUGAGUUACUGUUGAUGAAAAGAGGUGGUCAAGUCAUUUAUGCCGGACCCCUUGGUCGCAAUUCUCACAAGCUUAUAGAAUACUUUGAAGCCAUUCCUGGAGUUCCCAAGAUCAAGGAAGGUUACAACCCUGCCACAUGGAUGCUUGAUAUAAGUACUACUUCUUUUGAGACACAACAGAAUGUGGAUUUUGCAGACAUUUUUGCCAACUCCAAUCUUUACAAGAGGAAUCAAGAACUUAUCAAAGAGCUUAGCACUCCACCAUCAGGCUCGAAGGAUCUCUACUUCCCAACAAAGUACUCACAAGCAUUAAUUGUUCAAUGCAAGGCAUGCUUUUGGAAACAACAUUGGUCUUACUGGAGAAAUCCUCAAUACAAUGCUGUCCGAUUCCUUUUGACAGUAAUCAUUGGUAUUAUAUUCGGUCUCAUCUUUUACAACAAAGGGAAGAAAGUAUCUAAACAACAAGAUCUUAUGAAUCUCUUGGGAGCCAUUUAUAGCGCAGUAUUUUUCCUCGGUGCAUGCAAUACUUCUUCUGUUCAACCUGUUGUUGCUAUUGAAAGAACAGUUUUCUACCGGGAAAGAGCAGCUGGAAUGUACUCUGCGCUGCCUUAUGCAUUUGCUCAGGCAGCAAUAGAGGUGAUAUAUGUAGCAAUUCAAACUUUUAUAUACUGUCUGAUCCUUUUCUCCAUGAUUGGGUUUGAGUGGAAAGUGGGAAACUUCUUGUGGUUCUUCUACUUCUUUUCCACCAGCUUCCUCUACUUCACAAUGUAUGGGAUGAUGGUUGUUGCUUUGACUCCAAAUCACCAAAUUGCUGCUAUUGCUAUGUCCUUCUUCAUAGCCUUAUGGAACCUCUUCUCCGGUUUUAUUAUUCCCAGGAUGUUAAUACCUAUAUGGUGGAGAUGGUAUUAUUGGGCAUGUCCUUUAGCCUGGACAAUCUAUGGAGUAGUGAUAUCUCAAUUGGGUAAUUUGGAAACUCUUGUCCAAGUACCCGGUGCUGGUAAUGUCUCAGUUAAGGAUUUUCUCAAAGAAAGUUUCGGGUUUGAGCAUAAUUUUCUUCCAGUUGUUGCUGUGAUGCAUGUUGUUUGGGUUCUCCUCUUCUUCUUUGUUUUUGCAUAUGGUAUCAAGUUUUUUAACUUCCAAAAACGAUAAAUUAGCUUCACCAUAUAAAGUGUUUUGAUUUUUUUUUUUUUGGUAAAAAAAGUUUUGCCUAUUUGUUUUAGUUUGUGUUAGAUAAAUGAUGUAUCAACAAAUCAACUGUAUAUUCUUCCAGCCUGGUUUUGCUUGAAUCAAAUGUGAGAUUGUUAUUUUUGAUCA